GUCAAAAAAAGAUACUGUAUUUCCACCGUCAAUUGGCCACUACUGAAAAUUUUGGUCGCUUCUUUAAUUUCAAUUGGUCGCUUUUUUAUACUUCAAUUGGUCACUUUUCUGAACAUCAAUUAGUCUUUCUUUCUAUAGAUUGAUCGUGCGUUAACUGUUUUAUUGCAACUCUUUUCGUUAAUCAACUUGUAAAUGGAUUCUAAUAUAACAUUUUAUUGCGAAGAUGGAAGAGGAAACUUUUUUGACGAUAAGAGUAACGAGGCAACAGCGUAUGAUGAAAUUCCUUCUUUUCGCCUUAAAAAAUAACAGAUCUCAAGAAUCUUGUUAAAAACAACACUUAUUCAGAAUUGCACACAUCCGGAGAAACAGCUGUUAGCAUGGAAGAAAUAACAGUUAAAAGAAAGAAAGAGAAAAUGAAUAUAAUACAUACACAGAAAAAGAUUGGUUGUUAUAUCUUUAUUUCGUUUUUCAAAAAGGUAUGAAGCAUAAGCAAGCCGUGGAGACUGCCAACGUCAACCAACAUACAACACGAAAAUGGAAGCAGAAGUAUCAACAGAACUUUGAAGAGUAUGUGUCUUAUAAAUCAACAAACCUUGUGCCUUUUCGUCCUGUGAGCCAACUAGAUGAUAGACACAAAGAUUACUUGACCAGCUUUUUUGAUGAAAACAAAAGGACAACUAUCGAAGACGCCGUCAACAGCUUGAUGCAAAACUUCGCGGGUCUUCAGAUAAACCCCCCCCCCAGGGUAGCAGAAUUCAUGAAAGAAGAAUAUAAUCUUUCUAUUAAAGUAGUUUCUAGACAUUCCAUCGAAAAAACGGGCUGUUUGGAUAAAGGAGUGGUUAGAGAAGGGGAUGGUUUACCUUCAGAAUCGUGUGUUUAUAGAUGAGUCAGGAUUUGACAUCAAUAUGACCCGUGGAAGAGCUUGGUCAACACGUGAUGAACCAGCUACCGUAGAAACACCCUCAGGAAGGGCUACAUCUCAUACAGUAUUGGGAGCUAUUCCUUCCGUAGGCGUGGUAAAUGUAUCCAUGAGAGAGCCCAGUAGCCUAAAGAGAAGAAAAGUGGUCGGAG